AUGGUGCGCGUGCCCGGAUCUCUUGGGGACUCCGGAUUUCACCGUGAGUCCGUAGAAGAUGCGCAAGUGAAGAAAGAACCACGGGAAGAGGCGUCGUCGGAUAUCGGAUCGACGAAGACGCUGCUGAACAAAACGAGAUCCACGGAUCGACAGAGUGCUCGGAGGACUUCUGUCGACGGAAUCGAGGGCGAUCUCGAGACAAAUCUAGAAGACAAACCUCAACAUCCUCCCCAGGUCCCUUCGGGGACCCCGGUGGAUCUUGGUGCGAACCGAGAUUCACUAACACAACAAACUAAGGCGGGAUCGGACCGAUACGCGUUCGCUGACUCGCCGAUCAGGCUCGAUCCGGGCUACCUGGACGCGAUCGCGGACAAGACCCAGAUCGUGAGGAAGAAGCUGAGCGCGCCAGGCUUGGACGACGAAGAUCCCAGACCGUCGGCGCUCGAAUGGUCUGAGGCUGACCUGGAUCGUCAGUAUUACUUGAUGGAACUGCGAGAUUUCUUGCGUCAAGAUCCUGGCAUGGUGAUCGUGCGGCCAGAGCAGAUCGACGACCCGAAGGGCCCGAUUCCGGCCCCCCGAGUGACGGAUAACAAGCUGAUGGUGGUGAAGAACCUGCUCGGGCUGUUGAAGGAAGCCGGCUUCGUG